AUGGCAAGUAAUGCAUCAUUCGAACCCAUAGCAAUUGUUGGCAUAGCUUGUGAAUUCGCUGGGGAUAUUCAUACACCAACAGAGUUCUGGCAAGCACUUGAAGAAAGACGUAGCUUAGAUAGUGAAAUACCUAUUGAACGUACUGAUCUUAUGUCUUAUUGUGCUCAUAUGUUCAAUCAAGAUAGCGGUGAAUUUCGUAGGAAACUUAUUCGUCGUGGUUAUUUUCUGCCAACAUCCGUAUUGGAUACAUUCGACGCAGGCUACUUCAAUCUUUCGGAUGGAGACGCAGUGUCGAUGGAUCCGUGCCAUCGUCUACUAAUGCUAAAGUUCGUUCAUCUAAUCGACGAUGCUUGCUAUACUCUCGAGAAAAUUCGCGGAUCACGAACAGCUGUUUACAUUGGCCAAUUUUCCAAUGAUCAUGUGAUGGCGACACUUCGGCUCAAGCCUGAACAGCGAACACGUUAUCAUUGCCCUAAUAUAUUACUUUAUAAUGCAUCGGCUCGUUUAUCAUACCACUUUGAUCUACAUGGCCCAAAUGUAUCACUAGAUACUGCUUGUUCUUCAUCACUUCAAGCCGUCCAAUUUGGUGUACAAGCACUACGUGCAGGUGAAGCAGAUAUGGCUGUUUGUGGUGCAGUCAAUACUGUUUUGACACCUGAGCAGCUUCUCAAUUUUUCAAGUAUCGGCGCUAUUGCCGUUGAUGGACGAAGUCGAGCAUUUAGUGAUGAUGCUAAUGGUUAUGCAAAAGGUGAAGGUCUUGGUCUUGUUCUUCUCAAACGAUUAAGUGAUGCUGAACGAGAUGGUGACAGAAUCUACUGCGUAUUGCGAGAUAUUUUAAGUAAUCAUGAUGGAUCUGAAAAUAAAAACGGAUACGUUGUACCAUCAGCUGCUGGACAAGAACGUCUUCUCAACGAAAUUUAUACAAGAACACAGUAUGAUAAAAAUCGUAUCUUUUAUGCUGAAGCGCAUGGAACCGGUACACAAGUUGGAGAUCCAAUCGAAGCAAACACUAUUGGCAAAUUCUUUCAACGAUCAUCUAUUGAUCCUCCACUAUUGAUAGGAUCUGUAAAAACUAGUGUCGGACAUACAGAAGGAGCGGCCGGCAUUGCAUCACUUAUUAAAGUUUGUCUAUCGAUGAAAUAUAGAAGAAUUCCACCAAAUAUGCACUUUAAAACAUUCAAUCCGAAAAUCGAAGCGCAACGUUAUAAUUUACACGUAGUACAGACUAUUGUUCCCUUUCCAUCUUUCGAUCCUAGCAAUCCAAAUGAAUAUCCAGUAGCUAUUAGCGUUAGUUCAUUUGGAAUUGGAGGUAAUAAUGCUCAUGCUAUCAUUGAAGAGUAUCGCCCCAAACAAAUACCAACCAUUACAAACGAAUAUAAUCACAGCGAGCAACUUCAACAAUACUUCUUGUUUCUAUUUUCAACCAAAAGCGGUGAAUCGUUACACAAACAAGUAGAAUUAUUCCAUGCGUGGUUACUACAGAUAACAGUUCCAGAUGAUGAAGAGUCCUUUCUUGCACACAUAUCUCAACAAUGUUUACUUAAGCGUACAAUAAGUUACGAGCAUGUAGCUGUAUUUAUCUCAGCUAAUUUGACUCAACUGCGACAACAACUCGAUUCUUUUAUUUCUCAACACUCCAGUUCAGGAGUCAUCACUACUAAACGUCUCGUAUUAAAUAAUCCGCGUAUAUGCUUUGUUUUCAGCGGUCAAGGACCUCAAUGGUGGGCAAUGGGUCGACAACUGUAUUCUUCUGAGCCAGUCUUUCGUCGAUGGGUUCAACUGAUAAGUGCGGAAUUUCUCAAGAUAAACGGUGGUGAAUAUAAUAUUCUUGAGGAAAUGAUACAAAAAAGCGAACAAGAAUCACGUAUUAAUGACACAAAUAUUGCUCAACCAGCUCUAUUUUCAAUUCAGGUUGCUCUUGCAGCUCUUCUUUUGUCAUGGCAUAUUUUCCCGAGUGCUAUCGUAUCUCAUAGUGCUGGUGAACAAGCAGCCGCUUUUGUUGCUGGUCGUCUUUCAUUGCCAGAAGCUAUUUGUCUAGUUUAUCACCGUUCACGCCUCCAACAUCGAAAUACACGUCAAGGCGGUCGAAUGUUAGCUGUCGCUAUGGAUGAACAAGAAGCACGUGAUUUAUUAUUACAAGGAGUGGAAGAUCGUGUUUGUGUAGCCGUUGUGAAUAGUCCUCGUUCAAUAACACUUAGCGGAGAUGAGGAAAUAAUUGACGAGAUUGAAACGAUUCUUUCAACAUUUUAUCCAAAAGUAUUUAAAGCUCGAUUGCGAAUUCAAAAUGCUUUUCAUUCGCAUCAAAUGGAUCGUUUUGGUAUUAAAGAAGAGAUGCUUUCAACACUUCAACAUAUUCGAGGGCUUCCUCUUCAAGAUAAGCAAAUGAUGUUCAACAUUAAUUGUGCACAUGUACCUUUUUAUUCAUGUGUUACUGGCCGUUUAAUAGAUGAUAAUACGCCACUUGAUGCUGAAUAUUGGUGGUCAAAUGUUCGUCAAUGUAUUCGAUUUAGAGAUGCAAUUCAAACGAUUAAUAAUCAUGGAUUAAUCGAUACUUUUCUUGAAAUUUCUCCACAUCCUGUUCUAGGUACAUCAAUUCGUGAAUGUUAUGAGAAAACAACCAGCACUUAUCCGCUCAUUCUACCUACUCUCAAACGAAAGGAAGAUGAACAGAUCACACUAUUGACUAGUAUUGCGCAACUUUCGCAUUCUUUGGAUGUUUGGCACCACUAUCUCUCGUCACGUUCAAUUCAAGCAAAUGGAAAUAUGCAACAUCUAUUCGAUACAUUUCCAUUGUAUGCAUUUAAUCUUACUCCCUGUUGGUAUGAAUCAAAAGAAUCUGCAAUAGAACGUCGUGCCUAUCGAAUACCACAACAUCCACUGUUGGGCGUUCGACAAUGGUCUGGUCAUACAUCGUCAACAUGGCGAAGUCUUAUCAAUAUAAAUCUACCUGAACAUGCAUAUUUGACUCAGCACAAAAUUCGGAACUCUAUUUUACUACCAGCCACUGCUUUUGUUGAGAUGGCCUUAGCUGCUUGUUAUCAACUGCUGCAAGUAACCGCAAGCGAUGACGUACCACCGCCAAUCGCUUUUGAAAAUAUAGAAUUUAUCAAGGUUCUUUCUCUUUCAACGCAUGAAUUGACUGAAGUAAUCACACAAGUUGUAAUGCCAAUGCGUGAAUGGUUUAUAUAUAGUCGACCGUGGUCAGCAAGUGGACAAGACUGUUUACGGCUAUCAGGGAUGAGCUGUAAUGACUUCGUUGAUUCGUUUGACAAUCAACAAGCACUUAACACAUAUUCGUUAAGAGAAUUUACUCUGCAUGCGCGAGGUUCUAUUGAUAUUGGUCCUCAUCUUAACAUAUACGCUUCUGCUGCUGUUCGAUUUGACGAGCAAACAGCCAAUUGGCCUUAUAUCGAUAAUGAGAUGAUGUAUAGUCAUCCGUCAACGCGUGGUUUUCAAUACGGCCCAAUAUUUAAAGUGACAAACUGGGCCAAAUGUGUAACUUCGAAGAUAACUAGUAGCGUAUCUCCACGAAACGAAGAACAUAAGGACAAUCGUUAUCAUCUGCAUCCAGUUGUAACUGAUGGUAGUUUACAGGCACCAUUGUUUAUCUUGCCUGGAGAGGAAACAUUUCUUCCAGUUUCUCUUGGUAAGAUGGUUAUAUAUGGAAGUACAUAUAAUGCAUCUGAAAUCAUUUGUAACGUGAGCUACCAUUCUUCACUUGCUGGUCUCUCACAAGAACAUGCAGUCACUCUUGAUAGCGCCAUCUUUAAUAGUCAAGAUGACAUAGCAUCACCAAAUACAAAACCAAUUGCUAUGUUUCAAAUGUUUAAAUAUCAACGUCAAACCAGUCAUUGGUCGCCAUCAAACAAAUCACUUAUUGAAAAAGUAAAUGAACUUGUUGCUGCACCCAACGGAGAAUUUACCGAGUAUCUGCCAAGAAUAAUUACUACAUAUUGUCUCCAAAAGAAAUGGUCACAUAUUCAGAUUGAUACAUCUAAGACUGUUAAUUUAUUACCAUCAUUAGAUAUUUUAAUUAAUAAUGUCGAUCAAGCUGAAAAGAUAAACGAUGAUAUCAAUAGUCAAUUGACCAACUCAAUUCAGUCUUUGAAUGUACUAACUGCGAAGUAUGCUCUUUAUGCACUUCAAUAUCUUUCAUCAUUAAAUAAUAUCCAGUGUAUCAACGAACAUGAACUAAAACAUCAUGUACGAAAUGAUGAACCUUAUUUUCUUUGGCUUUUUGAAGCUAUGUUUUCACUUGUACGUCAAUAUGAACUGAUAGACCAAGUUGGAAAUCCAUCUUUGUCUAUGACUAAUCAUUUACUUCAACUCAGUCGUAAACAGAUUCUUGACCAAUUUCCACUUCUUACAUCGCUACUUAGUCUUUUAAAUGCCAAUGGAUUACAACUUGGUCCGAUUCUUUCAGGGACACAAUCCGUUGGUGAUCUAUUUACAAACAAUAAAGACAAUGAGCAAUUUCUAGGCGACGUACUGAAUAUUAUCGCAUCUGCAAAAACUCAUCAAUUCUUUCAAGUUCUUAUCGAUCAUUUAUGUAUUCAUCAUUCAGAACGUUUACGAAUUUUAAUUGUUGGUUCUGGAACAAGUUCCAUUACUAUACCAAUUCUUGAGCAAUUAAUUAGUUUUGCUGACCAAACAGACACCUAUGUGGACCUGUUAUACGUUGAUCUAACGGAAACACUUUUAACAGAAGCCGAGAAGACAUUACAACCUAUUCUUACAAAAAAUAAUACCAAAAAUAAGCGAAUUUCUCUAUCUUAUCAUGUAUAUGAUGUGCAAGCUGAAUUUGACGAAUCAAAUAUUACAGUUGAAGCUUAUGAUGUUGUGUUUGCGGCGAAUGUGUUACAGACAACAGUUAAUGUUAGUCAUUCAGUUGAUUCAUUACGCCAUUUUCUCGUACCUGGUGGUCUUCUUUGUUUACUCGAGCUAACUAUCACUCAUUCAUAUUAUGAUCUUCUCUUUGGCAUUUUGGCUCAAUGGUGGCGUGACAGAGGCAGUCGUGCUCCAUUAACUCUCGAUCAAUGGGUACAAGUUAUACAAUCCGCCAAUGGAUUUGAUCUGUCAAUAGUCUCAUCAAAAGAAGAUCAAUUUGGUAACACACUCAUAGUGGCUCGAAAAUCAACAUUACGUUCUACUCUUCUACAACUUCCCGAGUGGCAAGAACAAGCCUGGCUGGUGCUUGGAAAUCCCACAAAUAAUACAAAAGAUCUGUUUGAUACACUUUUAUCUCAUUUACCAAGUUCGAACAACAUGCUAUUGCAAGAUGAUCUAAAUAUAGAAGAUAUUUGCUUAAAAAUAAAGGAUAUGUUGGCAAAAUACAGACAGUUACAUAUUGUGUUUACUUCGCCACUAGAAUUAAUUGCAUUAGGGCAAGAUAGCGACGAAAUAGUAUUUAAAAGACAACAAGAGUUGUGCAAUAUAUUUAUUCGUAUUCUUCAAACAAUUCAACAAUACCGACAGACGAAUGCUUGCUUUCCAUACAUAUUUCUCCUAACACAAAACACUCAACCGAUAAACAGUAAUCAACGUUUUAAUCUGAGUGCUACACCGUUAAUUGGUCUUGCGCGCAGCUUAAGAAUCGAAUAUGGUAGUCAUCAUAUCAAAUUAAUCGAUUUACAAACGACAGCGAGCACGUUUACAGAUUCGGCAUUUUCAACUAUUCUCAUUCAACAUAUGAUCAACUCUCGAACAGUUGAUGAUCUCGAAGAAAUUGUCCUUCAUCAAACUGUAGAUAAUCAUAUAGAACGUUUUAAAUGGCAUUAUGAUUUGCUUUCAUCAAAAGAUCCUAAUGAAUUGUCAGCAGACGUCGAAACUACUAUAGUACCUCAAAAAGAUGCUGACAUGAAUCCAUUUCGACUCGAAGUUGCACCAUCGCGUUUUGUUAGUGAUCUUAAAUGGACAAAACAAUUUCCUUUAACUAACACUCUAUUACCUGGUCAAAUUUUAGUUCGUGUGCAUUGUGUUGGCCUCAACUUUCGUGAUGUUCUCAAAGCACGAGGUCUUUAUCCACAUACUCGUAAAUUCGCUGAAUUAGACAAAGAUCAACCGUUAUACGAUCGUGAUACUACUAUUGGUAGUGAUCUUAUGGGUAUUGUUGUUCACUCAAAUUCAAACUGUUUCAACAUCGGAGAUCGUGUCACUGGCUUACAUUUAUUCGGCACCUUUAAUUCCCAUAUUAUUACAAAUGAGCUUAGUGUCAUACGUGUAUCUGAAGAUUGCUUGAUGUCGGAUGAGCAAUUAGGAUCAUUACCCACGGCAUUUCUCACUGCACUUCUUUCUUUAAAAUACCGUAUUCAACUUAAACGCAGUCAUAUCGUUCUUAUUCACGCUGCCACAGGAGCCACUGGCCAAGCUUGUAUUCAAUAUUGUCAAGCAGUAAAUGCUCAAGUUAUUGCUACGGCAGGUAGUGAAGAAAAACGACGUUUUCUGAGAGAACAUUAUGGUAUUGAACAUGUGUUCAAUAGUCGUGAUCUUUCAUUUGUAAACAAAAUACGAUGCCUUUUCCCAGAUGGUGUAAAUGUUGUCGUCAAUUCACUAUCAGGCCCAUUUCUUCAAGAAUCUGUCAAAUUACUUGCAGCUCAUGGCCAUUUUAUUGAACUAGGCAAACGAGAUAUAUUUGGAAGAAGUAAUCUAUCGAUGUUUGAAUUGCGAGAAGACUGUAAUUUCCAUGUUAUCGAUUUGGCUUUACAUGGUCGUGAUGAUCCAAAUAACAUACAAGAAAUGCUACGCAGUAUGAUGGAAUAUUACCGAACAGGUUUAUUUAAGCCUAUAGAACCGUUGACUAUUUUCGAACCAUCUGACGUAGUUGAUGCGUUUACUCAAUGUAGUCUUGGGCAAUCCAUUGGCAAAAUCGUUGUACGUAUGACCACUUCUGAUAAGCCUCUUCGCAUCAAGAAAGCCAACUCAAGUCUGCACACGUGUGCAGAUAAGCUGCAACAAACAAUGUUUCCAUCAUUAGUUUGUGACAAUGGAACAAUUCUUAUUUCAGGUGGUCUUGGUGGUCUUGGCUUAACGAUGGCUUGCUGGAUGAUAGAAAAACGAAACGUUAAACGCAUUGUUCUUCUAAGUCGUCGUACUCUCGCACAAUUUGAACAAUCUGAUCAUAAUCCACAGCUCAAUGAAUGGAUUCAUUUAAAAGAAAUAGCAACUGAAUAUGGUGCUUUAAUUGAAGUGGCCCAAGUGGAUGUCACUCAAUUCGACGCCGUAUACGAACUUAUGAAACGUCUUAAUGAAACAUCGUAUCCAGUACGUGGUAUCAUCCAUAGUGCAGUUAUAUCAGAUGACAAACUACUGCCUAAGCUCAAAUCAGAAACAUUAGCGCGUGUCAAGAAACCAAAAGUACAUGGUGGCUGGGCCCUUCAUCGAGCAUCACUAAUGGUUCAAGCACCUAUACAUUUUUUCAUUAUGUUUUCAUCACUUCGCAAUCAUUUGAUGGAUCUUGGAUCGAGCGGCUACAAUGCGGGAAACGAAUUUUUCGAAGUACUUGCGCAAUAUCGUUACCAACAACUUCGAUUACCAGCUCUAGCCGUUGGUUUACCAGCAAUAAGUGGGGCAGGAAUGUUUCACCGACAAAAAAAUUUGUUGAGUAGUUUAUAUUCUUCUCAAGGUUUGGAGAUCUUGCCUACUGGUGUUAGUUUCGAAAUAAUUGAAAGACUUUUUGCUACCCAAGCAUAUUAUACAUCCCCUACUAUUUUUGCAGUGAAUUGGCAACAAUUGAAUGCUCAAAAGAAUCAUUUAUCUAAUCAUCAACUAGUUGAAAUCGUUGAGCAACAGAUUAAUCAAAUUGAAGCUACUCAAAUUUCAACAACCAUUUCGGAUAAUCUAUCAAAAGAUACUGUUGAAACUAUUGUUGAAAGAACUCGAGUAGCAGUCAUGCGACUUCUUGGAAUGACUAGCAUUGCUCGAAUUGAUGUAGAUCGUUCUUUGAUUUCGCAAGGCAUGGAUUCGCUUGUCGCCGUAUCACUGUGUAAUUGGCUGGUCCAAGAAUGGGGUGCCUUUGUCGCGUUAUCUGAAAUUUUUCAAGGCAUUUCAAUAAAUCAGAUUGCUAAUCAAGUGCAUAGAAAGAUGAACGAUCGUCUAGAAGCAGCGGCCAUCCUAGAAACAACUACUUCUACGGAUAAGAAUAAGUCAGACAUGACUGAAGAAACAGAAGAAGCUCCAAAAACGAAUAAAACACUAUCAUAUAACGGUAUGGAAAAAGUCAUAAGCAUGCUACCCGUCAAACAUAGCAAAGCGAACAUGUUCUACAUUUCUCAUAAGGCCACUCUUGAGACAGAAUUUACUCAAAAACUUGCCGACAACAAAUCAAAUGUCUAUGUUAUUCAUGCUUCAAAUGACACUUCGAACAUGGAUUUAUGUGUUCAGGAAACAAUUACCCAAAUACGUCGAAUACAACCUCGUGGUCCUUAUUCUGUAUCACCUGCUACCAAUGAAAGUAAAGACAUUGUCCAUGCAACUGUGAAGCAACUAGCACAGUAUGCACAAGCAAACAUAAUGCAUCAGUGUUGA